AGACUUGCUCUCCUGAACGCACUUCAGAGGUGCGCUGGUAUAUCGGCCCACUCAAGACACACCUACCCUGCUGUCUACCAAUUGGUUGUCCACCAAUCAUCCACGUCUCCGGACCGAGGCUGCCAGUCCGCCACCCGCGCGCACCGAGCCACAGCACGGAGACACCGACAGACCGAGGAGGACGCGGAGAGCUGACCUGCUUUAGUGCGCAGCGGUGACAUCGGCAGAAAACAGCACAAAGUUUCCUGGGACGAUCAUCUGUCAGCGCGUUUCUGUUUUUUUUUUUUCUCUCUCUCUCUCUUUCUCCCCCUCCUCCCUCUUUCUUUUUUCACUGAACGUCAUCCCGGUCAAGUUGCACAUAGGAGCAGGGUGCAAGUUUCAAAUGGACAGACACUUGGAGACGACUGGCUCAACAGGCAUGGGAUUACUGUAAUGUGGAUUGCUAUUCCCUUGCAAGAAAAUAAUAAAGGUCCGCUGCGGAACAAUGUGAGACGUUGUGCAUCUUGGAUCCUCGUGUUUCUGGAUAUCUUAAAAAUAAUUGGCAACAGUUGAGAAGGAAGUUAAUCCACACAGGAUUGUAUGCUCCAACCUUGGGACCAGCAUGGAUUUGCCGUUACAACCCCCGGCCCCUCACUCCCACAAGUUUUAGCCGGUCCACUUGUUUGUUUGUUUUUUUGCUUUUAUUUUAUUUUAUUUUUUAUCCUGUUAAACUUCAUGUUUGAGAACAAAUCGCCACAUUGGCUGAUUGAAUUUUAAAACGUCGCCUGUCUUUGGAUUAGACUCCCAACAACAUGAACAUUAUUGACAGUUUGACACUAUUAUUUUUGACGCUGUCAGCUGUCAAGAGUGCCCACAUACCUAAGGAAACAGAAAGAGGUCCACAUGACGUGAUCCCUUUAAUGGAGGUCUACAACAAGAGUUUGUGUAAGCCUCGAGAGCUGCUGGUGGAGAUCCUACAGGAGUAUCCGGAGGAGGUGGAACACAUCUUCAUCCCGUCCUGCGUGGUGCUGACGCGCUGCGCCGGCUGCUGCAAUGACGAGAUGCUGCAGUGCAUGCCCACGUCCAGCUAUAACAUCACAAUGGAGAUUAAAAGAAUAAAACCCCAAAGGCAACAGAAUGACAUUUUCAUGAGCUUUACAGAACACAGCGCAUGCGAGUGUAGGUUAAAGAAAGAAGUGAGAGAACAGAAAGAAAAAAAAUCCAGGAAAGGCAAGGGUAAAGGCCAAAAGAGAAAGAGAAAGAAAAACCGUGACAAAACAAUUCACGAUGCUGUUUGUGAGCCAUGUUGUGAUCACUGCUCAGAGAGGAGAAAGCGUUUGUUUGUACAGGACCCCGCGACCUGCCGGUGCUCCUGCAAACACACGGACGAAUACUGUAAAGAACGCCAGCUAGAGCUCAACGAAAGGACCUGCAAAUGUGACAAGCCAAGAUGAGAGAGGCGGGCGCACCAGAUGUACAAGAUGAAGGAAUAUUCUAAAGAUAUUUCACAGCACAGCACUUUGACCUUUGAACCGUAAGCUCUUCUUCUCUGUGGAAAGCAUUCCCCUCGGACUGACUGAGAGAGAACAAAAAAAAGAAAAGACUGAAGUUUCCUCCCACUGUAUAUCUGUGUGUAUAUAGACCAUGACAAAAGAAAAAAGAAAAGAAAAAAGAGUACAGAGUUGUUAUGCUGCUACAGAUACAAAUAACUAAACCCAUCAUUUGACUAAAAGCAAAAUAGCCGCCAUGUGGUUUUGCAUUUCUAACAGGCUUGCAAUGCAGGUGUAGUCUUAUUGUCGAUAUAUGUAUGCAAUUACUUCACUGGAUACGAGUCUACUGUGGUUGUGUGUCAAUCAUAACAUGCAAAACCUCUCAAAUCUGAGCUAUAUUUAACUGCUAAACGAGCGGGCGAGCCCGAAGAGGACGUGGGCGUACUCUCCUUUCAAAAACAAUGAUGGAUGAACUGUUUCUGGGCGAGGACGGCAGGACGACGGGGACAGCCGGCGGACGUUUGGAGUCCGCCGCCACCCGGCGACGUCGUCUCCUUUCCUUCUGAGGACAUUUUCGGGACGGACGUGGACUCUCUCUCCGUGCCGUGACCGCGAUCAGAGGAAGCUCUGGAGUGCCAUAUUACUUUUAAAGGGAUACUGGUCAUCAAUAUAGCCAAUAUACCCGUAUUUAAUUCGGUCUAUUUAUGUAUGCAGUGUUAUGUACCUGUGGCUGUCCUGUUAGUCCCCUGAUGUGUAAGGUCACUGAUGGCUACUCUCAGCAUGGAGCCUCUCUGUGCUUUUCUAUGAAACAAAGAAAGAAAAAAAAAAAGAAAAACUAUCUAAUUUGUUAACAUUCCCUAAAUGGAUCAUUUGUACUGAUGUACUGAUGACAUCUCUUUUUUUUUUUUUUUUUUGUUAACCCCUCUUAUCUAAGGGUGUGGGUGCUGUGUAGAACUUUUAACUCAUGUGCGUCUGUACGUGUGCGCGUCCGUGUGUGUGUGCGUGUGUGUCUAUGUGUUUUCACCCACUUCUGCCGAUGUGCACAUCCGCGUGUGGGUGUUAGGCUGUAUUUAAGUAUUUAAAUAAGUAGCGGACCUGUGUUUUGUCCGUCGUGCAAAAUGCAAAUACGAAUAAACUACUGCUAGCGGCUCAGCGUACACGACCACAUCACCACCACCAUCACCACUUUAAAAUUCGGAUAACGAUCUGCGAUGUUUCCGCCAUCAGUCUUAGAACCCUUUUCAUUAGUUGGCUUUGUCUCUUCCUCAUUAUUAACAUGUUUUCUGUGUCUAUGUAAAAACAGUAAUGCAUAUUUAUUUUCAAAUCAUAUUGAUUUUAUAUAAAAUAAGAAAAAGUU